CUCUCACUCAUCUCCGUCGAAUUCGCAGCGAAACGUUAAUCGCGUGUCCACUUUAAAGGAUUGAAAGUGUGAGAGGGAAAAGCUGACUUCCGAAACAUUUGUUGUCUCUGACAGUCCGCAGAUAACAGGAAGCAACAUGAUGUGAUGAUCUUUGGCUUUUCUAAAAGAGGUUUGUUCUGUAUUGUUCAACAAAUAAAUUUUAACCCAGCGACUUUUUGGCAAAUGAAACGAAGUUUAUAAGUGUCCAAUUAAAAUGCCAAGCUGAAAUAUAUUUUUUGAACUAAGGAUGGGUAUAUGGCUUCUAGUAACAGGAAUGCUUUUAAUUUGUGGCAGUUACAGUGCUUCUGAUGACAGCUAUGAAAGAGCUAAACUGUACAUGGAAGCAUGUGCCAAACAAGAACUGUUUGCCUCAGUGCCACCGCUCAAUUUUACCUGUGAAAACAAGAUAGCUGGUGGUUACUAUGCAGACAUUGAUACUGGCUGCCACAUUUUCCAUUUAUGUGCUCCUAGCAAUCUCCAAACUCUUACUGACCACCCCUUCUGCUGUCACCCGGAGUUAGUGUUUGACCAACGGUUUCUUGUCUGUGAUCGUCCAGAAAAUGUAGAUUGUCCAGUGUCAUACCGUUACUACAGUGACCAAUUUGAUGGACCAGUCAAAGUGCAGCAACGUGAAAAUGAAGAGCAAGAAGCUAGAAAUCGUGCCAGACAGUCCAGAGGAAGUGAUGCAGAGGGAAAUACAUCCGAUCCAGAAGAAAUCGUAGGGGAAGAAGCAGAAGAUGAACAGUUUUCUAGAAAUGAAAGUACUGAAGCCAGUGAUCAACUGGUAGAAAACCCCGGGAAGGCAGUAACCCUCCCACCGGCUUUCCGUCAACGCUGAAUUGCUGUUUUAUAUAAUUUAUUUGCUUAGAAUGACGUUUGUUUUAUUGUGGAUAUACGGAGACUUUAUAAUUUUAGGAAUGAACUGUUUGAAAUAAUUCUGAAGUUCCUGAGUUGUUUUGGUGGAUGAAAAAAUGAAGUCAUAAACUAUAUAUUUACUCUAAAAUACGUUUUGUUCUUAUGAUAGAAAAAAAACUGGAUCUCUAUAAAGUCCAAGUGUGUUGAAUACAGCCUAAAAAUAUGUUUUUUAAAAGUUUAAAGUUUAUAUAUACACAAUUUGUGCAAGUAGCGAAAUUAUUACUGAAGUGAAUUAAUGGUGCCAAAUAUCUGUAAGCGAAUUUAAAUUAAUCUUUUAUAACAAACAUACUUAUUAUUCUUCCAAUAUUUAUAGGAUGUUGUUAAUUUUAAUAAGAUUUUGUCUAUUUACUGAAUUUUAAAUUAUACUUUUAUUUGCUAUCAGUAACUUUGCUUCUUAAAAAUUGCCAUUGUGAAUGAGAAUAUAAUUAACUUAUCUUAUGUAAACUUAGAAACAUGUUAUGAAAUAGUAUAUAUUUUAUCUUCAGUUGUUUUAACUUAAGGUAUAAUAUAUAUUCUCCUCAUGUUAAAUAAAUAAAAUAUUAUACAUUUUUAUAUAGUCUGCUUAAAAUGUCUUGAUUACAAUAGUUUUUAUUUUUCAAAUAUAUUGAUAUAUUUUU